AUUUGCGCACAGGAGGGAUGUUGAAGACACCUGUCGUGGUUUUCACUUCUUUAUCGCUGCUAUUGUCGCUGUCAUGUGCUGGAGAUGUAAAAUCGCGCAGCUGCAGCGAUGUGCUCCAGGCUUUCACGACCAAAGGCUUCAGUCUCCAUAAUGUGCCACACCAGGAGAUAUCAGGUGAUCAUCUGCGGGUUUGUUCCCAGGGCUACACCUGCUGCACUUCAGACAUGGAGGACAAACUCGGCCAGCAGAGUAAACUGGAUUUCGAGAAAUUAGUGGAUGAGAACAGCCACACCAUACGGACGAUAUUUACCUCCAGGCACAAAAAGUUUGACGAGUUCUUUCUGGAGUUGCUGGACAACUCGGAAAAGUCGCUGAAUGACAUGUUUGUGCGCACAUACGGCAAACUGUACACGCACAACUCGGAGAUGUUCGAGGAUCUGUUCUCUGAGCUCAAGCGUUACUACACCGGCGGAAAUGUCAACCUGGAGGAAGUGCUGAACGACUUCUGGUCCAGACUUCUGGAGCGCAUGUUCCAGCUGCUCAACUCUCAGUACACCUUCACAGACGACUAUCUGGAGUGCAUCAGCAAAUACACCGACCAGUUAAAGCCCUUCGGAGACGUGCCGCGCAAGCUCAAGGCUCAGGUCACUAAGGCCUUCAUUGCGGCUCGCUCGUUCGUUCAAGGACUCAUGGUGGGUCGGGAAGAGUGUGAUCAUGCAGCAGGAGUCCCUUCUCUGACAUUUGAAAGGAAAGAGAGGAACAGAAGGAGGUGCCGCAUCUUCGGUGAUCUGAUUAUCUCAUAUCCAAGCCUACACUCGCAAGCUGUUUCGCUCUUUCAGUGUGUGUUGGGGUUGAUUCUGGAGGCUCGUGCCAGCGAGAAACUCGACGGCCGCCGUGUGUUUCCAGUUGACCGUCUGCCUCCUUUCUGCACGGCCUUGACCUUCGGAGAGCCGCCUCCGCGUGAUGGACAGAAGAUGUCUGGCGUCAAUAUAUCUCCAGGUUGCAGUAAAGCAUUGACUAAAAUGCUGUACUGUCCAUACUGUGGAGGAAUGCCAGGCCUCAAACCCUGCGCCAACUACUGCCAAAACGUCAUGCGGGGCUGCCUGGCCAACCAAGCGGACCUGGACCCGGAGUGGAACCUCUUCAUCGCCGCAGGGGUUUGCAUUCAUCUCAAUUCGAGAGACCGCAGGAGAUGUUCUGCCAUCAUUAGCCUCGAGCUGCAAAAAAACCCAGAGCGAUCGGUGAUCACGCUGUUUUGGAAGAAAACAGACGGCUGUGGCAUUUCAUCAGAGCCAAUGAACGGCCGAGGAAGUAUCAUUUCAGCUUCAUCCUAUGAGCAUUCGUCUCUUUCGGCUUCUGAGGCUCAAUUAUACUGCAUGAUGUCUGAAAGGUUUCGUGUGCACAAGGACACGUUCACUGCAGAAAGGGUGUUUCAGGGAUGCGGUCAUCCCAAAGCAGCUGGAGUGGGCCGAUCUGCCCGCGGGAUCUCGGAUGUGUUCAACAGUCGCUUUAGACCCUACAGUCCAGAAGAGAGGCCGACCACGGCAGCCGGCACCAGCCUGGACAGACUGAGGAUUGUCUGGAGGACGAUGCAACACAGCGUGAUCGACAUUAAGGAGAAGCUGAAGGAGUCGAAGAAAUUCUGGUCGUCGCUGCCAGACAGCAUCUGUGUAGAGGACGAAGUGACUGACCCAGAUGAGGAGCAGUGCUGGAACAGUCACACAAAGGGAAGAUAUUUCCCUGAAGUUGUAAAAGACGGUCUCACGAACCAGCUCAAUAACCCAGAGGUGGAAGUGGACAUCACAAGACCAGACACCUUCAUCAGACAGCAGAUCAUGACCCUGCGAGUGAUGACCAACAAGCUGCGAAACGCCUACAACGGCAAAGACGUCUACUUCCAGGACUCCAGUGAUGAGGAGAGCGGCUCGGGCAGCGGAAGCGGCUUCACCACAGAGCCGGAAGUGGUCCAUACGGAGCCACCGAUGCAGGAAGCAGACAAAAGCGACCCUCAGCCACCAGCAGACGCGGCGGGCCCUCAGCAGACGCCUUCGCUGCAGUUACUAUCCGCUGUAACGGCCCUCACCUGGCUGCUGCUGCUGCUGCGGUGGAGAUAAUGGCAGUAGGCGGCAUGCAGCCACACGGACGCUUCAGACAGACUCGCGCUGUCAGCCUUUCCCUAACUGGACCGGACAUUUUCCAAAAAAAUAGCAAGAAAAAGCCCAUGAAAAAAAAGGAGAGCAAGCUAGCUAGCUAGACAUGAGGAGGAAACCUUUGCAUCCUGCUUGUUCCAAAGAAUGCUUGGUGCAAUCAGAAGCCAACUGCUCUCGUUUCUAAAUGAAGUUAAAAGAAAAGCAAACUUUUCGGAUGAAAAGUGAUCGCCGUGCAAAUGGGAUCGCUUUACUUUUUCGGGAAAGAAUGGGAAAAUAUGAAAAUCUAUUUUUGUUUUCCUUUUAUACUGCAUAAAAUGAGACAACAAAAUACGCUUUUUUUUUUUUGUGUGUUUCGCCCCUCCCGAGUUCAUUGUGCGAUAAAAAGCAGACGUUAUAAAGAAAAAAGUAAGAAUAAAAAUCUAUAUAAAUCAACUUGUUAUGUACCACUGUGAGAAAGCAUGGGGAGGUCAUGAGUAAAUGUUUUUAACUUUUUUUUUUUCUUUUGUUGAAGUGUUUUUGUUGUUAUUUUGCUAGGCUGUUGGCGAUUUAAGGUCAUUUUAGAGGACUUCAGAUGGUGAGCGUGAAGGUCGAGUUUUACCGAGGGCUGCUCCUGCUUAAUUCAAAAUUCAUGAUCCAUAUCUUAAUAUAUAAAGGUUUUAGUU